GCGCACAGGAGGUUACAGAGUGUUAUCGUGCACACUACCCUUUUAUAUUGUGUCUCAGGCUUAACCUACGUUCUCCCUCGCACCCUUUCAUCGUUGCAAACAGUGUUUUCGCUCAGUGUUCACUCUCGUUCGUUCAUCAUCAAUGGCUCAAAACUCAACUUCCGAUACUCGCUUUCACGCUAACGCUGCAACUCCAUUGCAGAUCUCCAAAGAUGUCCAAGGCUCUGACAAUCCUAUCCCACUUUCACCACAAUGGCUUCUGCCAAAGCCAGGGGAGAGUAAAUCUGGAACAGGACCUAUGGAAAAUCAUGCGAUCUCUAAUCCAUCACAUGGCAGUCGCUCAGAGACUGUUAAAACAUCUGGUGAUGGAGAUGAUGCACAGAAGAGAAAGGAUGUCUUUAGGCCAUCCAUGUUUGACUCAGAAAGUGGACGCCGUGAUCGUUGGCGUGAUGAAGAGAGAGACACUGAGAGAGACACAAAGUCCUCCAUCCGUAAGGAUCGUUGGAGGGAUGGAGACAAAGACCUAGGUGAUUCACGAAAGGUGGAUCGAUGGGGAGAAAAUCCAGUUCCAAAGAAUUUUGGAGAAGCACGUCGAGUUACACCUGAUACUCAUAGGUGGAAUGAAUCAGGAAACCGAGAAGCUAACUUUGAUCAGCGGCGUGAGAGCAAGUGGAACACACGCUGGGGUCCUAAUGAGAAGGAGCCAGAAGGUCUUCGUGAAAAAUGGAGUGACUCAGGAAAAGACGGUGAUAUACAUCUAGAUAAAGGUUUGUCUCAUGGGAAGGAUGAGAAGGAAGGAGACCAAAUUCGACCAUGGAGACCUAACUUCGCACAAAGCCGUGGAAGGGUAGAACCUCCUCAUUCCCAAAGCACACCACCUAACAAACAGGCCUCUACAUUUUCCUAUGGUCGUGGUCGUGGGGAGAAUACACCCCCGCCAGUCUUCAGUCCUGGAUUAGGCCGUGGUGGUAACUCUUUGAAUAGCACAUAUCCUGGAUCUGCAUUAGACAAAGUCGAAAGUGAACAUGAAGAACCUUUCAGAUAUAACAGGACAAAACUGCUUGAUGUAUACAGAGUGACUAAUAUGGGUAGAAAUAGAAAUCUUGUUGAUGAUUUUGUGCAGGUUCCAAGUCUUACACAUGAUGAAUCAUUGGAGCCUCUUGCUCUCACAACACCAAGUUCUGAGGAACUGUCUGUCUUAAAUGGUAUUGAAAAAGGGGAAAUAGUUAGUAGUAGUGCACCUCAAGUAUCCAAAGAAGGAAGGGGCUCAACAGAUUUUACUCAGACUAGACGAAUGAAGCCUGGAAUCACUCCUCUUCAAGAUAGAAGUGAAGAUGGUGGUUCUUACAAAGUGGCUGAUGAAUUGUCCAGUAAUAGAGAUUCAUCCUUUGAAGGAAAUAGUUCUCCUCAUCCUGGUGCUGCAUGGCGAGCAACGCCAGCCGGUGAACAUACAAGUGCUCUAUUGCACAAUAGCAGGGAUGUAUCUAGUGAUGCUAGACUAAGAAAAUCAGACGUGAAUUCACACCAGCCAAAAGAUCCUCAAAGUCCAUGGGAAAGCAAGUUGGGUUUUGUAUCCGAGUCCAAAGAAGUAGGUAAGUGGCAUGCUAGUAGUGAAGAUCCCACUAUUAAGAGGCAGCUAUCUGGUGUUUUGGAAAGUGAACUUGGAGCCAGAAGAGUUCCUCCGACUGCUCCAGAGGAGUUAUCCCUUUUGUAUAAAGAUCCCAAGGGUCUAAUCCAAGGUCCAUUUAAAGGAAUUGACAUAAUUGGAUGGUUUGAGGCUGGAUAUUUUGGUAUUGAUUUACCUGUUCGUCUGGAAAAUUCAGCAGUUGACUCACCAUGGUUUUCUCUUGGUGAUGUCAUGCCGCAUUUACGAGCUAAAGCCCGACCUCCACCAGGAUUUUCUGCACCACAACCUAAUGAAUUGACAGAUAUGACUGCUCGCCAAAAUCCUAUUACAUUUGGUAAUACCAUCACUGGUUUGAGUGAGGUUGAUAUGUUGAAAAGUGAUUCUAGGCAUCGGCAGGGUUCUGGUACCGGAGUUGAAAGUAGGUAUCUGGAGUCACUCAUGUCUGGUAACAGAAGCGGUCCUACAAUUAACAACCUUGCACUAUCAGAAGGUUUUAAAGGCUUUGCUGGAAAUAAUUCUGGUAAUCUGGGCCCAACAGGAGUAGAUAAUGGGAACAACAUUUACUUGCUUGCCAAGAGGAUGGAGCUUGAACGCCAGAUGUCCGUACCCAAUUCAUAUCCAUAUUGGCCGGGGCAGGAUGCAGCAUCUCUUGCUCCAAAAUCAGAUGUCCCAGAUGCGUCGCUGCAUUCAAAGCUCUUGUCUUCAGUGAGUGACAAUUCACGUCAACUUCAGUCUCAAAACUCUGAGUUAUUGUCAAUAAUCCAAGGGUUAUCCGACAGAACAUCUGCAAGCAUAAAUAAUGGUCCUGGAUGGCCAAAUAAUCCCAUACAAGGUGGAUUGGAUCUCCUUCAGAAUAAAAUUGACUCAGUUCAUGAUCAGAAUUUCUCUCAAAUGCCAUUUGGAAUUCAACAGCAAAGGCCGACACUGCAAAAUCAGCUUUCUUUAAGCAAUUUACUGGCUAUAGGCGGGGAUAACCCAGCUAGUUCUUUGACAGCAGAGAAGCUACUUUCUUCUGGUUUAGCACAAGAUCCACAAAUAAUGAAUCUGUUGCAACAGCAAUACUUGUUGCAGUUACAUUCUCAAGCAGCUGCUUCAGCACCGCAGCUUCCCCUGUUAGAUAAACUCCUGUUGCUAAAGCAGCAGCAAAAGCAGGAGGAGCAGCAGAUGUUCUUAAGGCAACAACAGCAACAACUGCUUUCCAAAAUGUUGCAAGACCAACAGUCUAGCCAGCUCUUUGGCAAUUCAUCUUAUGGACAAUUGCAAAGUUCAUUACCAAUGGGACAUUUGCGUGUUGAUCCUUCUCAACUUCAAACCCCACAAGAUGCUUUUCCUAUGAGCUCCCAGAUGCCAAUUCCUAGUGUGCAUAAUGAACUUAGUACUGAAUCUAUAAAUUUGCAUCCUAAUGUCAGCCAAGAUGCAAGUUAUACAGUUGGCAGUAAAGGGUCUACCAUGCGUCUGCCUCAUCAGGUAUUCGGGGAUACUAGUCCUCAGAAUAACUGGGCACCUACUCCUGCUGAGCAAAUUAAUGAAAAUCAUAAUAAGGAACCUCCAGCUCCUUAUGUUGCGAGUUCACUUGUGCAUGACCUGAACAUCUCCAAAGAGGAAUCCCACAUUGUGCAGGAUUCUGUUUUUGACUAUACUGCUAAGUCAUUGAAGCAGGUACCGGACAGCGCCUUAAGAUCUGAUGGUGUUGCCAUACCGGCAAUACCUUCUGGACAUUUACAGCAUGAUGCACCUCCUGUUGAUAAAUCUUCGACAGGAUCUAGUGGGAUUGAGUUAUCCCCAGCUAGUCUGGCUGAAAUAUACAGCUCCAAUGCUGUGCAUGUUGAAACACAUGAACCCAAAAAGGCUACCGAGAAGAAAUCUAAGAAGCAAAAAUCUAACAAAGCUCAAUCUUCUGACCAAGCAAAGGGAUUACUAAAAAACACGACUUUGCAGCCAUCAAAGCAGUCAGAAAUUGAAAUACCACAUUUUAAUGAGUUGGGGGAAACAAACAAUGGUGGAUCACAUGACACAUAUCUGCAAAAAACAAGAAGUAAAGCUAGUCAGAUUGAAGAAAAUGCUGUACUAGAGACAGCAGAUCAUCAAGAUGUCAGUGUUACUAGAAACAUCACUGAAACAAUCCAUUCAGGCGAUUCUGUGGCAGUUGGUUCUGUUUCUACUCACAAUGCCGAAGUUCCUGCUGGACGAGCUUGGAAACCUGCUCCAAGUGUCAAGGCCAAGUCUUUAUUAGAAAUUCAGCUGGAAGAACAGAGAAAGGCACAGACAGAAACACUUGUAUCCGAUGUUGCUGCUUCUGUCAAUUCCUUGAGUUUGGCGACGCCCUGGGCUGGGGUUGUAUCAUAUCCAGACUUGGUUAAGGUAUCUAGUGAAAGUCAUGCAGGAGACAACACAGAAUAUCCUUUUAAUUCUCAAGCUUCUCAGAAUAUGAAGAGCAAGAAAAGUCAGUUGCAUGAUCUAUUAGCUGAAGAAGUUUUGAAAAAGUCUAAUGAAACAGAAGCGGAGGUUCCAGAUAGCACAUUGUCUUUGAAUGAUAUUGCUGUGCAAUCAGAGUCAAUAAAUGGUAGUAACUUCAUCGAGGCAAAAGAUACUAAAAGAAGCCGCAAGAAGUCAGCAAAGAAGGGUUCUGGAGUUAAAGCCCCAGUUUCUGCCGCGUCUACUGAAGUACCCAUAUCUUCAAGCCCUAUUGAAAAAGGUAAAAGUUCUCGAUCUGCACAGCAAGAAAAAGAAGCACUGCCUUCAAUCCCAGCAGGACCCUCUCUGGGAGACUUUGUUGUUUGGAAAGGAGAGCGAGAACAGCCCAUCCAAUCUCCUUCUCCAGCAUGGUCUUCUGAUUCUGGCAGAGUCCCUAAACCAACUUCUUUAAGGGACAUUCUGAAGGAGCAGGAGAAAAAGGCUUCUUUUGCCAUGCCUGCAAGUCCAGUGCCUAUGCCUCAGAAAGCUCAGCCUGCCCAGGCUAAUUGGAAUAGUGCUUCUUCACGGCCAAUCUCAGCUUCCUCUCCAUCUAAAACUGCCUCACCACUUCUGGUAAACUCGCAUGCUUCCAACCAAUCUAAAUAUAAAGGAGACGAUGACUUGUUCUGGGGUCCAAUUGAACAAUCCAAGCAAGAAACUAAGCAGACCGAUUUCCCUCAGCUGGCUAGUCAGGGAAGCCGGGGAUCAAAAAAUGUACCAUUGAAAGGUAAUUCUCCAGGAUUAUUAACCCGGCAGAAAUCAGCAAGUGGCAAGCCAACUGAGCGACCUCUAUCAUCAUCCCCCGCCUCUUCUCAAUCGGUACUGAAAUUGAAAAAAGAUGCUAUGACUAAGCAUUCUGAGGCCAUGGGCUUCAAGGAUUGGUGUGAGAAUGAGUGUGUUAGGCUUAUUGGGACAAAAGAUACAAGUUUCCUUGAAUUUUGCUUGAAGCAAUCCAGAUCAGAAGCUGAGACGCUUCUAAAAGAAAAUCUUGGAUCAUUUGACCCUGACCAUCAAUUCAUUGACAAAUUCCUCAAUUACAAGGAGAUGUUACCAUCAGAUGUGUUGGACAUGGCUUUCCAGAGUAAGCAUGGUAAGAAAGUUAAUGGACUUGGCGCUGCUCCCACGGCUUCAACUAAUGCAGAUAUACAGGACGUGGACCAAACUGAAGGAUCCUCCAAAGGAGGCGGGAAGAAGAAAGGCAAAAAAGGGAAGAAGGUUAGCCCUUUAGUUUUGGGAUUUAAUGUUGUGAGUAACCGGAUCAUGAUGGGUGAGAUCCAGACUGUAGAAGAUUAAGUUAAGAUGAAUGCAGGAAGUUGUCGCGGUAGAUGUACAUACAUUUUGGUCGCAAACUGUAAAUGCUUUUGUUGGACUUGGGAUUUUUAUUUCCUACCCAGACUUUAGCAGCAUUUAGAUCAACUUUACCAAUUUUGUUUCCUUAAUUUAGUUAAUUUAGUUGUUUUUGACUACUUGUCAUUUGAUGACUAUUUAUCAAUUCAAUUUUCAUUUUUAAAAUUA